CGCAGCCUCUUCUUCUCUCCUUCAUCGAUAAUGGGCGCUAAUCAAUCAAAGAAGUACAUCCUCGCUACGUAUGAAAGGGCCACCGUAUUUGUCAAUAGGGAUGACGCUACUUAUUACGAUAACUUGAGAACUGCUCUACACACUCUUUUCAAGAGUCUUUCGAAAGACUCGAUGAUCAUCCAAACUAAUGAGUUGGAUGUCUGCGAUGGAGAAUAUGUCGAUAUUCCGGAUGAAUUGUGGGUGGGCAUUGGCCCCCGUGUUUGUAACAUAAAUGUUAUUUCUCGACCUCCUACGACAUACCUUAGCUAUGGCGUGCACGAUGGCUCUCCUCUUUCCCCGAAGGAAAACUACCUUGUCGCUACAGAUGGAAAGUUCAGGGUCUUUGUCCGUAGAGCUGAAGUCACUAAUUACGAGAAUCUGAUUAUCACUCUUCUCCGUCAUUUCCCGGAGUUAGAUGAAGAUUAUAUCGUUGUUCAAACAAAUCAGAUGAAGACAUGUGCGGGACGAUAUGUCGACAUACUACCUUCAGAGUGGUCAAAGAUUAGUCCCCAGAUUCAUCGCAUCAAGGUCAUCUCUCGACUGCCUAAGAUGAUGACUAUUUCUGUUCAAUUGCUUACUGGAGAAACAGCAUCAGUGACACUGCCUCAGUCUGCAUCGGUCUCUGAUCUAGCAGAGAUGGUACACAUUUACAAUGGGUAUUUCAUACACCGGGGAGAGUGGCUGGAAUCCGACCGGAACCUAUCUUCAUAUAACAUUCGUGAAGGGGCGAAAGUUCAACAAGUUAAGUAUGCUUCUCAGCCUUGGUGGUGGGCUUGGGAACAUGGCAUGGACGAAUCAGAAGAUCGCGGCGUUUAGGGAAGGAUUUGACUAAGCAUCAAUAUUUGUACCGUGUCCCUUACUGUUCCCUAUAGACGUUGUUUGUACUCUCUCGCCUCCUGAACGGUACGAAUAUUAUUGCACGGACAGUCACUACCCGGUCUCGAGAAAAGAAGAAAUCAGGAGACAAACUUCGUCAGCGCUUGACCCCCAUUCCAACUGCAUAAAGAGUUUCUCGUAUUUCAUCUUUUCGCAAUCCACGCCAACUGCAACAAUACGUCUCCAGCAGUCAACAUGUUCAGACGCUCGGCAAAUCGCUACAUCCAACUUCUCAUCCUUGC